GCUGAAUGCAAAAUUGCUUGAGUUGGAAAAAAUGCGUGAAGAACUAGAUAGAGAGAAGAAGGAAGUGAAAGACAGGAAGGAUGAAACACUGAAAGAAAAAGAUCAGUUGGAAGAGAGGCGAGGUAAGAUAAGUAAGGAGAAAGAGGAAUUGGAUAUCAGUCUUGAACUGAUGAAAAGACAAAGGGAAGACUUGACGAGCUUGAAAGCUGAAGCAGAAGCACAGACCGAGCCUAUGGAAAAUGACUGGAAGGAACAGCUCACGAAGGAAAGACAACAACUUGAAGAUGUAAAGGAGGAGAGACAGAAGGAAAAAGAAACCUUUGAGAGAGAAAAGAGAUUGACUAUGAAAGAGGGAGAUGAGUUUGACCUGAUGAAGUCUGAAACCCAGGGACAAUUGGAGGAAAUGGAACAAAACAAACAAGACAUUCGUGUGGAGAAGGAAAAGCUGGAACAGAUCAAAGCUGAGUUAGAAAGACGGUCUGAAGACAUAAAUCAGGUCAUGGAUGAGACAAGACGGGAGAGGGGGAAGGUGGAAGAUCUGGCUAUCCAAACUCAAAAACAAUGGGAAGAAAUGGUGGGUUUCAUGGAAAAGAACAAAGAAAAGCAGAACGAACUGGAACUCAUGAAUGACAAGAUUGAAAGAGAGAAACAAGACAUCGAAGAAAGUCGGGAUGUGCUAACAAAGGAGAGAGAGGAGCUGGAACAAAUGAGGAAUGAGACACAGCAACAGAGAGAGGAGACAGAAUCUCACAUGGAAGACCAAAGGAAAGAGAAAGAACAUUUGGAACAAAUGACGAUGGACAUGAAAAAACAGUUGCUAGAGGUGGAUAAUGACAAGGAAAUGAUAGAAAACUCAAUGGGUGAACUGAGAGUGAAAGAGGCAGAAAUGGUGAGAGAAAAGGAGAACAUGGAAAAGAAGAUGGCUAGACUCAAAGAGGAAGAGGAUAGAAUGCGGGAAGAAAUAGGAAGGAAGAUGGACAACUUAAAGCAGGACAGUUAUGAAAUCAAAAGACUUAGAGAUGAAAUUGACAGUGAAAAGAACCAAGUGAAUGCAAAAUUGCUUGAGUUGGAAAAAAUGCGUGAAGACCUAGAUAGAGAGAAGAAGGAAGUGAAAGACAAGAAGGAUGAAACACUGAAAGAAAAAGAUCAGUUGGAAGAGAGGCGAGGUAAGAUAAGUAAGGAGAAAGAGGAAUUGGAUAUCAGUCUUGAACUGAUGAAAAGACAAAGGGAAGACUUGACGAGUUUGAAGGCUGAAGCAGAAGCACAGACCGAACCUAUGGAAAAUGACUGGAAGGAACAGCUCACGAAGGAAAGACAACAACUUGAAGAUGUAAAGGAGGAGAUACAGAAGGAAAAAGAAGCCUUUGAGAGAAAAAAGGGAUUGACUAUGAAAGAGAGAGAUGAGUUUGAUCUCAUGAAGUCUGAAACCCAGGGACAAUUGGAGGAAAUGGAACAAAACAAACAAGACAUUCGUGUGGAGAAGGAAAAGCUGAAACAGAUCAAAGCUGAGUUAGAAAGACGGUCUGAAGACAUAAAUCAGGUCAUGGAUGAGACAAGACGGGAGAGGGAGAAGGUGGAAGAACUGGCUAUCCAAACUCAAAAACAAAGGGAAGAAAUGGUGGGUUUCAUGGAAAAGAACAAACAAAAGCAGAACGAACUGGAACUCAUGAAUGACAAGAUUGAAAGAGAGAAACAAGACAUCGAAGAAAGUCGGGAUGUGCUAACAAAGGAGAGAGAGGAGCUGGAACAAAUGAGGAAUGAGACACAGCAACAGAGAGAGGAGACAGAAUCUCACAUGGAAGACCAAAGGAAAGAGAAAGAACAUUUGGAACAAAUGACGAUGCACAUGAAAAAACAGUUGCUAGAGGUGGAUAAUGACAAGGAAAUGAUAGAAAGCUCAAUGGGUGAACUGAGAGUGAAAGAGGCAGAAAUGGUGAGAGAAAAUGAGAAGAUGGAAGAGAAGAUGGCUAGACUCAAAGAGGAAGAGGAUAGAAUGCGGGAAGAAAUAGGAAGGAAGAUGGACAACGUAAAGCAGAACAGUUAUGAAAUCAAAAGACUUAGAGAUGAAAUUGACAGUGAAAAGGACCAGCUGAAUGCAAAAUUGCUUGAGUUGGAAAAAAUGCGUGAAGAACUAGAUAGAGAGAAGAAGGAAGUGAAAGACAAGAAGGAUGAAACACUGAAAGAAAAAGAUCAGUUGGAAGAGAGGCGAGGUAAGAUAAGUAAGGAGAAAGAGGAAUUGGAUAUCAGUCUUGAACUGAUGAAAAGACAAAGGGAAGACUUGACGAGUUUGAAGGCUGAAGCAGAAGCACAGACCGAACCUAUGGAAAAUGACUGGAAGGAACAGCUCACGAAGGAAAGACAACAACUUGAAGAUGUAAAGGAGGAGAUACAGAAGGAAAAAGAAGCCUUUGAGAGAAAAAAGGGAAUGACUAUGAAAGAGAGAGAUGAGUUUGAUCUCAUGAAGUCUGAAACCCAGGGACAAUUGGAGGAAAUGGAACAAAACAAACAAGACAUUCGUGUGGAGAAGGAAAAGCUGAAACAGAUCAAAGCUGAGUUAGAAAGACGGUCUGAAGACAUAAAUCAGGUCAUGGAUGAGACAAGACGGGAGAGGGAGAAGGUGGAAGAACUGGCUAUCCAAACUCAAAAACAAAGGGAAGAAAUGGUGGGUUUCAUGGAAAAGAACAAACAAAAGCAGAACGAACUGGAACUCAUGAAUGACAAGAUUGAAAGAGAGAAACAAGACAUCGAAGAAAGUCGGGAUGUGCUAACAAAGGAGAGAGAGGAGCUGGAACAAAUGAGGAAUGAGACACAGCAACAGAGAGAGGAGACAGAAUCUCACAUGGAAGACCAAAGGAAAGAGAAAGAACAUUUGGAACAAAUGACGAUGCACAUGAAAAAACAGUUGCUAGAGGUGGAUAAUGACAAGGAAAUGAUAGAAAGCUCAAUGGGUGAACUGAGAGUGAAAGAGGCAGAAAUGGUGAGAGAAAAUGAGAAGAUGGAAGAGAAGAUGGCUAGACUCAAAGAGGAAGAGGAUAGAAUGCGGGAAGAAAUAGGAAGGAAGAUGGACAACGUAAAGCAGAACAGUUAUGAAAUCAAAAGACUUAGAGAUGAAAUUGACAGUGAAAAGGACCAGCUGAAUGCAAAAUUGCUUGAGUUGGAAAAAAUGCGUGAAGAACUAGAUAGAGAGAAGAAGGAAGUGAAAGACAGGAAGGAUGAAACACUGAAAGAAAAAGAUCAGUUGGAAGAGAGGCGAGGUAAGAUAAGUAAGGAGAAAGAGGAAUUGGAUAUCAGUCUUGAACUGAUGAAAAGACAAAGGGAAGACUUGACGAGCUUGAAAGCUGAAGCAGAAGCACAGACCGAGCCUAUGGAAAAUGACUGGAAGGAACAGCUCACGAAGGAAAGACAACAACUUGAAGAUGUAAAGGAGGAGAGACAGAAGGAAAAAGAAACCUUUGAGAGAGAAAAGAGAUUGACUAUGAAAGAGGGAGAUGAGUUUGACCUGAUGAAGUCUGAAACCCAGGGACAAUUGGAGGAAAUGGAACAAAACAAACAAGACAUUCGUGUGGAGAAGGAAAAGCUGGAACAGAUCAAAGCUGAGUUAGAAAGACGGUCUGAAGACAUAAAUCAGGUCAUGGAUGAGACAAGACGGGAGAGGGGGAAGGUGGAAGAUCUGGCUAUCCAAACUCAAAAACAAUGGGAAGAAAUGGUGGGUUUCAUGGAAAAGAACAAAGAAAAGCAGAACGAACUGGAACUCAUGAAUGACAAGAUUGAAAGAGAGAAACAAGACAUCGAAGAAAGUCGGGAUGUGCUAACAAAGGAGAGAGAGGAGCUGGAACAAAUGAGGAAUGAGACACAGCAACAGAGAGAGGAGACAGAAUCUCACAUGGAAGACCAAAGGAAAGAGAAAGAACAUUUGGAACAAAUGACGAUGGACAUGAAAAAACAGUUGCUAGAGGUGGAUAAUGACAAGGAAAUGAUAGAAAACUCAAUGGGUGAACUGAGAGUGAAAGAGGCAGAAAUGGUGAGAGAAAAGGAGAACAUGGAAAAGAAGAUGGCUAGACUCAAAGAGGAAGAGGAUAGAAUGCGGGAAGAAAUAGGAAGGAAGAUGGACAACUUAAAGCAGGACAGUUAUGAAAUCAAAAGACUUAGAGAUGAAAUUGACAGUGAAAAGAACCAAGUGAAUGCAAAAUUGCUUGAGUUGGAAAAAAUGCGUGAAGACCUAGAUAGAGAGAAGAAGGAAGUGAAAGACAAGAAGGAUGAAACACUGAAAGAAAAAGAUCAGUUGGAAGAGAGGCGAGGUAAGAUAAGUAAGGAGAAAGAGGAAUUGGAUAUCAGUCUUGAACUGAUGAAAAGACAAAGGGAAGACUUGACGAGUUUGAAGGCUGAAGCAGAAGCACAGACCGAACCUAUGGAAAAUGACUGGAAGGAACAGCUCACGAAGGAAAGACAACAACUUGAAGAUGUAAAGGAGGAGAUACAGAAGGAAAAAGAAGCCUUUGAGAGAAAAAAGGGAUUGACUAUGAAAGAGAGAGAUGAGUUUGAUCUCAUGAAGUCUGAAACCCAGGGACAAUUGGAGGAAAUGGAACAAAACAAACAAGACAUUCGUGUGGAGAAGGAAAAGCUGAAACAGAUCAAAGCUGAGUUAGAAAGACGGUCUGAAGACAUAAAUCAGGUCAUGGAUGAGACAAGACGGGAGAGGGAGAAGGUGGAAGAACUGGCUAUCCAAACUCAAAAACAAAGGGAAGAAAUGGUGGGUUUCAUGGAAAAGAACAAACAAAAGCAGAACGAACUGGAACUCAUGAAUGACAAGAUUGAAAGAGAGAAACAAGACAUCGAAGAAAGUCGGGAUGUGCUAACAAAGGAGAGAGAGGAGCUGGAACAAAUGAGGAAUGAGACACAGCAACAGAGAGAGGAGACAGAAUCUCACAUGGAAGACCAAAGGAAAGAGAAAGAACAUUUGGAACAAAUGACGAUGCACAUGAAAAAACAGUUGCUAGAGGUGGAUAAUGACAAGGAAAUGAUAGAAAGCUCAAUGGGUGAACUGAGAGUGAAAGAGGCAGAAAUGGUGAGAGAAAAUGAGAAGAUGGAAGAGAAGAUGGCUAGACUCAAAGAGGAAGAGGAUAGAAUGCGGGAAGAAAUAGGAAGGAAGAUGGACAACGUAAAGCAGAACAGUUAUGAAAUCAAAAGACUUAGAGAUGAAAUUGACAGUGAAAAGGACCAGCUGAAUGCAAAAUUGCUUGAGUUGGAAAAAAUGCGUGAAGAACUAGAUAGAGAGAAGAAGGAAGUGAAAGACAGGAAGGAUGAAACACUGAAAGAAAAAGAUCAGUUGGAAGAGAGGCGAGGUAAGAUAAGUAAGGAGAAAGAGGAAUUGGAUAUCAGUCUUGAACUGAUGAAAAGACAAAGGGAAGACUUGACGAGCUUGAAAGCUGAAGCAGAAGCACAGACCGAGCCUAUGGAAAAUGACUGGAAGGAACAGCUCACGAAGGAAAGACAACAACUUGAAGAUGUAAAGGAGGAGAGACAGAAGGAAAAAGAAACCUUUGAGAGAGAAAAGAGAUUGACUAUGAAAGAGGGAGAUGAGUUUGACCUGAUGAAGUCUGAAACCCAGGGACAAUUGGAGGAAAUGGAACAAAACAAACAAGACAUUCGUGUGGAGAAGGAAAAGCUGGAACAGAUCAAAGCUGAGUUAGAAAGACGGUCUGAAGACAUAAAUCAGGUCAUGGAUGAGACAAGAUGGGAGAGGGGGAAGGUGGAAGAUCUGGCUAUCCAAACUCAAAAACAAUGGGAAGAAAUGGUGGGUUUCAUGGAAAAGAACAAAGAAAAGCAGAACGAACUGGAACUCAUGAAUGACAAGAUUGAAAGAGAGAAACAAGACAUCGAAGAAAGUCGGGAUGUGCUAACAAAGGAGAGAGAGGAGCUGGAACAAAUGAGGAAUGAGACACAGCAACAGAGAGAGGAGACAGAAUCUCACAUGGAAGACCAAAGGAAAGAGAAAGAACAUUUGGAACAAAUGACGAUGGACAUGAAAAAACAGUUGCUAGAGGUGGAUAAUGACAAGGAAAUGAUAGAAAACUCAAUGGGUGAACUGAGAGUGAAAGAGGCAGAAAUGGUGAGAGAAAAGGAGAACAUGGAAAAGAAGAUGGCUAGACUCAAAGAGGAAGAGGAUAGAAUGCGGGAAGAAAUAGGAAGGAAGAUGGACAACUUAAAGCAGGACAGUUAUGAAAUCAAAAGACUUAGAGAUGAAAUUGACAGUGAAAAGAACCAAGUGAAUGCAAAAUUGCUUGAGUUGGAAAAAAUGCGUGAAGACCUAGAUAGAGAGAAGAAGGAAGUGAAAGUCAAGAAGGAUGAAACACUGAAAGAAAAAGAUCAGUUGGAAGAGAGGCGAGGUAAGAUAAGUAAGGAGAAAGAGGAAUUGGAUAUCAGUCUUGAACUGAUGAAAAGACAAAGGGAAGACUUGACGAGCUUGAAGGCUGAAGCAGAAGCACAGACCGAGCCUAUGGAAAAUGACUGGAAGGAACAGCUCACGAAGGAAAGACAACAACUUGAAGAUGUAAAGAAGGAGAUACAGAAGGAAAAAGAAGCCUUUGAGAGAAAAAAGGGAUUGACUAUGAAAGAGAGAGAUGAGUUUGACCUGAUGAAGUCUGAAACCCAGGGACAAUUGGAGGAAAUGGAACAAAACAAACAAGACAUUCGUGUGGAGAAGGAAAAGCUGGAACAGAUCAAAGCUGAGUUAGAAAGACGGUCUGAAGACAUAAAUCAGGUCAUGGAUGAGACAAGACGGGAGAGGGGGAAGGUUGAAGAACUGGCUAUCCAAACUCAAAAACAAAGGGAAGAAAUGGUGGGUUUCAUGGAAAAUAACAAAGAAAAGCAGAACGAACUGGAACUCAUGAAUGACAAGAUUGAAAGAGAGAAACAAGACAUCGAAGAAAGUCGGGAUGUGCUAACAAAGGAGAGAGAGGAGCUGGAACAAAUGAGGAAUGAGACACAGCAACAGAGAGAGGAGACAGAAUCUCACAUGGAAGACCAAAGGAAAGAGAAAGAACAUUUGGAACAAAUGACGAUGGACAUGAAAAAACAGUGGCUAGAGGUGGAUAAUGACAAGGAAAUGAUAGAAAGCUCAAUGGGUGAACUGAGAGUGAAAGAGGCAGAAAUGGUGAGAGAAAAGGAGAACAUGGAAAAGAAGAUGGCUAGACUCAAAGAGGAAGAGGAUAGAAUGCGGGAAGAAAUAGGAAGGAAGAUGGACAACUUAAAGCAGGACAGUUAUGAAAUCAAAAGACUUAGAGAUGAAAUUGACAGUGAAAAGAACCAAGUGAAUGCAAAAUUGCUUGAGUUGGAAAAAAUGCGUGAAGAACUAGAUAGAGAGAAGAAGGAAGUGAAAGACAGGAAGGAUGAAACACUGAAAGAAAAAGAUCAGUUGGAAGAGAGGCGAGGUAAGAUAAGUAAGGAGAAAGAGGAAUUGGAUAUCAGUCUUGAACUGAUGAAAAGACAAAGGGAAGACUUGACGAGUUUGAAGGCUGAAGCAGAAGCACAGACCGAGCCUAUGGAAAAUGACUGGAAGGAACAGCUCACGAAGGAAAGACAACAACUUGAAGAUGUAAAGGAGGAGAUACAGAAGGAAAAAGAAGCCUUUGAGAGAGAAAAGACAUUGACUAUGAAAGAGAGAGAUGAGUUUGAUCUCAUGAAGUCUGAAACCCAGGGACAAUUGGAGGAAAUGGAACAAAACAAACAAGACAUUCGUGUGGAGAAGGAAAAGCUGAAACAGAUCAAAGCUGAGUUAGAAAGACGGUCUGAAGACAUAAAUCAGGUCAUGGAUGAGACAAGACGGGAGAGGGGGAAGGUGGAAGAACUGGCUAACCAAACUCAAAAACAAUGGGAAGAAAUGGUGGGUUUCAUGGAAAAGAACAAAGAAAAGCAGAACGAACUGGAACUCAUGAAUGACAAGAUUGAAAGAGAGAAACAAGACAUCGAAGAAAGUCGGGAUGUGCUAACAAAGGAGAGAGAGGAGCUGGAACAAAUGAGGAAUGAGACACAGCAACAGAGAGAGGAGACAGAAUCUCACAUGGAAGACCAAAGGAAAGAGAAAGAACAUUUGGAACAAAUGACGAUGGACAUGAAAAAACAGUUGCUAGAGGUGGAUAAUGACAAGGAAAUGAUAGAAAACUCAAUGGGUGAACUGAGAGUGAAAGAGGCAGAAAUGGUGAGAGAAAAGGAGAACAUGGAAAAGAAGAUGGCUAGACUCAAAGAGGAAGAGGAUAGAAUGCGGGAAGAAAUAGGAAGGAAGAUGGACAACUUAAAGCAGGACAGUUAUGAAAUCAAAAGACUUAGAGAUGAAAUUGACAGUGAAAAGAACCAAGUGAAUGCAAAAUUGCUUGAGUUGGAAAAAAUGCGUGAAGAACUAGAUAGAGAGAAGAAGGAAGUGAAAGACAGGAAGGAUGAAACACUGAAAGAAAAAGAUCAGUUGGAAAAGAGGCGAGGUAAGAUAAGUAAGGAGAAAGAGGAAUUGGAUAUCAGUCUUGAACUGAUGAAAAGACAAAGGGAAGACUUGACGAGCUUGAAGGCUGAAGCAGAAGCACAGACCGAGCCUAUGGAAAAUGACUGGAAGGAACAGCUCACGAAGGAAAGACAACAACUUGAAGAUGUAAAGGAGGAGAUACAGAAGGAAAAAGAAGCCUUUGAGAGAAAAAAGGGAUUGACUAUGAAAGAGGGAGAUGAGUUUGACCUGAUGAAGUCUGAAACCCAGGGACAAUUGGAGGAAAUGGAACAAAACAAACAAGACAUUCGUGUGGAGAAGGAAAAGCUGGAACAGAUCAAAGCUGAGUUAGAAAGACGGUCUGAAGACAUAAAUCAGGUCAUGGAUGAAACAAGACGGGAGAGGGGGAAGGUGGAAGAACUGGCUAACCAAACUCAAAAACAAAGGGAAGAAAUGGUGGGUUUCAUGGAAAAGAACAAACAAAAGCAGAACGAACUGGAACUCAUGAAUGACAAGAUUGAAAGAGAGAAACAAGACAUCGAAGAAAGUCGGGAUGUGCUAACAAAGGAGAGAGAGGAGCUGGAACAAAUGAGGAAUGAGACACAGCAACAGAGAGAGGAGACAGAAUCUCACAUGGAAGACCAAAGGAAAGAGAAAGAACAUUUGGAACAAAUGACGAUGGACAUGAAAAAACAGUUGCUAGAGGUGGAUAAUGACAAGGAAAUGAUAGAAAACUCAAUGGGUGAACUGAGAGUGAAAGAGGCAGAAAUGGUGAGAGAAAAGGAGAACAUGGAAAAGAAGAUGGCUAGACUCAAAGAGGAAGAGGAUAGAAUGCGGGAAGAAAUAGGAAGGAAGAUGGACAACUUAAAGCAGGACAGUUAUGAAAUCAAAAGACUUAGAGAUGAAAUUGACAGUGAAAAGAACCAAGUGAAUGCAAAAUUGCUUGAGUUGGAAAAAAUGCGUGAAGAACUAGAUAGAGAGAAGAAGGAAGUGAAAGACAGGAAGGAUGAAACACUGAAAGAAAAAGAUCAGUUGGAAGAGAGGCGAGGUAAGAUAAGUAAGGAGAAAGAGGAAUUGGAUAUCAGUCUUGAACUGAUGAAAAGACAAAGGGAAGACUUGACGAGCUUGAAGGCUGAAGCAGAAGCACAGACCGAGCCUAUGGAAAAUGACUGGAAGGAACAGCUCACGAAGGAAAGACAACAACUUGAAGAUGUAAAGGAGGAGAUACAGAAGGAAAAAGAAGCCUUUGAGAGAAAAAAGGGAUUGACUAUGAAAGAGGGAGAUGAGUUUGACCUGAUGAAGUCUGAAACCCAGGGACAAUUGGAGGAAAUGGAACAAAACAAACAAGACAUUCGUGUGGAGAAGGAAAAGCUGAAACAGAUCAAAGCUGAGUUAGAAAGACGGUCUGAAGACAUAAAUCAGGUCAUGGAUGAGACAAGACGGGAGAGGGGGAAGGUGGAAGAACUGGCUAUCCAAACUCAAAAACAAAGGGAAGAAAUGGUGGGUUUCAUGGAAAAGAACAAACAAAAGCAGAACGAACUGGAACUCAUGAAUGACAAGAUUGAAAGAGAGAAACAAGACAUCGAAGAAAGUCGGGAUGUGCUAACAAAGGAGAGAGAGGAGCUGGAACAAAUGAGGAAUGAGACACAGCAACAGAGAGAGGAGACAGAAUCUCACAUGGAAGACCAAAGGAAAGAGAAAGAACAUUUGGAACAAAUGACGAUGGACAUGAAAAAACAGUUGCUAGAGGUGGAUAAUGACAAGGAAAUGAUAGAAAACUCAAUGGGUGAACUGAGAGUGAAAGAGGCAGAAAUGGUGAGAGAAAAGGAGAACAUGGAAAAGAAGAUGGCUAGACUCAAAGAGGAAGAGGAUAGAAUGCGGGAAGAAAUAGGAAGGAAGAUGGACAACUUAAAGCAGGACAGUUAUGAAAUCAAAAGACUUAGAGAUGAAAUUGACAGUGAAAAGAACCAAGUGAAUGCAAAAUUGCUUGAGUUGGAAAAAAUGCGUGAAGAACUAGAUAGAGAGAAGAAGGAAGUGAAAGACAGGAAGGAUGAAACACUGAAAGAAAAAGAUCAGUUGGAAGAGAGGCGAGGUAAGAUAAGUAAGGAGAAAGAGGAAUUGGAUAUCAGUCUUGAACUGAUGAAAAGACAAAGGGAAGACUUGACGAGCUUGAAGGCUGAAGCAGAAGCACAGACCGAGCCUAUGGAAAAUGACUGGAAGGAACAGCUCACGAAAGAAAGACAACAACUUGAAGAUGUAAAGGAGGAGAUACAGAAGGAAAAAGAAGCCUUUGAGAGAAAAAAGGGAUUGACUAUGAAAGAGGGAGAUGAGUUUGACCUGAUGAAGUCUGAAACCCAGGGACAAUUGGAGGAAAUGGAACAAAACAAACAAGACAUUCGUGUGGAGAAGGAAAAGCUGAAACAGAUCAAAGCUGAGUUAGAAAGACGGUCUGAAGACAUAAAUCAGGUCAUGGAUGAGACAAGACGGGAGAGGGGGAAGGUGGAAGAACUGGCUAACCAAACUCAAAAACAAAGGGAAGAAAUGGUGGGUUUCAUGGAAAAGAACAAACAAAAGCAGAACGAACUGGAACUCAUGAAUGACAAGAUUGAAAGAGAGAAACAAGACAUCGAAGAAAGUCGGGAUGUGCUAACAAAGGAGAGAGAGGAGCUGGAACAAAUGAGGAAUGAGACACAGCAACAGAGAGAGGAGACAGAAUCUCACAUGGAAGACCAAAGGAAAGAGAAAGAACAUUUGGAACAAAUGACGAUGGACAUGAAAAAACAGUUGCUAGAGGUGGAUAAUGACAAGGAAAUGAUAGAAAACUCAAUGGGUGAACUGAGAGUGAAAGAGGCAGAAAUGGUGAGAGAAAAGGAGAACAUGGAAAAGAAGAUGGCUAGACUCAAAGAGGAAGAGGAUAGAAUGCGGGAAGAAAUAGGAAGGAAGAUGGACAACUUAAAGCAGGACAGUUAUGAAAUCAAAAGACUUAGAGAUGAAAUUGACAGUGAAAAGAACCAAGUGAAUGCAAAAUUGCUUGAGUUGGAAAAAAUGCGUGAAGAACUAGAUAGAGAGAAGAAGGAAGUGAAAGACAGGAAGGAUGAAACACUGAAAGAAAAAGAUCAGUUGGAAGAGAGGCGAGGUAAGAUAAGUAAGGAGAAAGAGGAAUUGGAUAUCAGUCUUGAACUGAUGAAAAGACAAAGGGAAGACUUGACGAGCUUGAAGGCUGAAGCAGAAGCACAGACCGAGCCUAUGGAAAAUGACUGGAAGGAACAGCUCACGAAGGAAAGACAACAACUUGAAGAUGUAAAGGAGGAGAUACAGAAGGAAAAAGAAGCCUUUGAGAGAAAAAAGGGAUUGACUAUGAAAGAGGGAGAUGAGUUUGACCUGAUGAAGUCUGAAACCCAGGGACAAUUGGAGGAAAUGGAACAAAACAAACAAGACAUUCGUGUGGAGAAAGAAAAGCUGGAACAGAUCAAAGCUGAGUUAGAAAGACGGUCUGAAGACAUAAAUCAGGUCAUGGAUGAAACAAGACGGGAGAGGGGGAAGGUGGAAGAACUGGCUAUCCAAACUCAAAAACAAAGGGAAGAAAUGGUGGGUUUCAUGGAAAAGAACAAACAAAAGCAGAACGAACUGGAACUCAUGAAUGACAAGAUUGAAAGAGAGAAACAAGACAUCGAAGAAAGUCGGGAUGUGCUAACAAAGGAGAGAGAGGAGCUGGAACAAAUGAGGAAUGAGACACAGCAACAGAGAGAGGAGACAGAAUCUCACAUGGAAGACCAAAGGAAAGAGAAAGAACAUUUGGAACAAAUGACGAUGGACAUGAAAAAACAGUUGCUAGAGGUGGAUAAUGACAAGGAAAUGAUAGAAAACUCAAUGGGUGAACUGAGAGUGAAAGAGGCAGAAAUGGUGAGAGAAAAUGAGAACAUGGAAAAGAAGAUGGCUAGACUCAAAGAGGAAGAGGAUAGAAUGCGGGAAGAAAUAGGAAGGAAGAUGGACAACUUAAAGCAGGACAGUUAUGAAAUCAAAAGACUUAGAGAUGAAAUUGACAGUGAAAAGAACCAAGUGAAUGCAAAAUUGCUUGAGUUGGAAAAAAUGCGUGAAGAACUAGAUAGAGAGAAGAAGGAAGUGAAAGACAGGAAGGAUGAAACACUGAAAGAAAAAGAUCAGUUGGAAGAGAGGCGAGGUAAGAUAAGUAAGGAGAAAGAGGAAUUGGAUAUCAGUCUUGAACUGAUGAAAAGACAAAGGGAAGACUUGACGAGCUUGAAGGCUGAAGCAGAAGCACAGACCGAGCCUAUGGAAAAUGACUGGAAGGAACAGCUCACGAAGGAAAGACAACAACUUGAAGAUGUAAAGGAGGAGAUACAGAAGGAAAAAGAAGCCUAUGAGAGAGAAAAGAGAUUGACUAUGAAAGAGAGAGAUGAGUUUGAUCUGAUGAAGUCUGAAACCCAGGGACAAUUGGAGGAAAUGGAACAAAACAAACAAGACAUUCGUGUGGAGAAGGAAAAGCUGGAACAGAUCAAAGCUGAGUUAGAAAGACGGUCUGAAGACGUAAAUCAGGACAUGGAUGAGACAAGACGGGAGAGGGGGAAGGUGGAAGAACUGGCUAUCCAAACUCAAAAACAAAGGGAAGAAAUGGUGGGUUUCAUGGAAAAGAACAAACAAAAACAGAACGAACUGGAACUCAUGAAUGACAAGAUUGAAAGAGAGAAACAAGACAUCGAAGAAAGUCGGGAUGUGCUAACAAAGGAGAGAGAGGAGCUGGAACAAAUGAGGAAUGAGACACAGCAACAGAGAGAGGAGACAGAAUCUCACAUGGAAGACCAAAGGAAAGAGAAAGAACAUUUGGAACAAAUGACGAUGGACAUGAAAAAACAGUUGCUAGAGGUGGAUAAUGACAAGGAAAUGAUAGAAAACUCAAUGGGUGAACUGAGAGUGAAAGAGGCAGAAAUGGUGAGAGAAAAGGAGAACAUGGAAAAGAAGAUGGCUAGACUCAAAGAGGAAGAGGAUAGAAUGCGGGAAGAAAUAGGAAGGAAGAUGGACAACUUAAAGCAGGACAGUUAUGAAAUCAAAAGACUUAGAGAUGAAAUUGACAGUGAAAAGAACCAAGUGAAUGCAAAAUUGCUUGAGUUGGAAAAAAUGCGUGAAGAACUAGAUAGAGAGAAGAAGGAAGUGAAAGACAGGAAGGAUGAAACACUGAAAGAAAAAGAUCAGUUGGAAGAGAGGCGAGGUAAGAUAAGUAAGGAGAAAGAGGAAUUGGAUAUCAGUCUUGAACUGAUGAAAAGACAAAGGGAAGACUUGACGAGCUUGAAGGCUGAAGCAGAAGCACAGACCGAGCCUAUGGAAAAUGACUGGAAGGAACAGCUCACGAAGGAAAGACAACAACUUGAAGAUGUAAAGGAGGAGAUACAGAAGGAAAAAGAAGCCUUUGAGAGAAAAAAGAGAUUGACUAUGAAAGAGGGAGAUGAGUUUGACCUGAUGAAGUCUGAAACCCAGGGACAAUUGGAGGAAAUGGAACAAAACAAACAAGACAUUCGUGUGGAGAAGGAAGAGCUGGAACAGAUCAAAGCUGAGUUAGAAAGACGGUCUGAAGACAUAAAUCAGGACAUGGAUGAGACAAAACGGGAGAGGGGGAAGGUGGAAGAACUGGCUAUCCAAACUCAAAAACAAAGGGAAGAAAUGGUGGGUUUCAUGGAAAAGAACAAACAAAAACAGAACGAACUGGAACUCAUGAAUGACAAGAUUGAAAGAGAGAAACAAGACAUCGAAGAAAGUCGGGAUGUGCUAACAAAGGAGAGAGAGGAGCUGGAACAAAUGAGGAAUGAGACACAGCAACAGAGAGAGGAGACAGAAUCUCACAUGGAAGACCAAAGGAAAGAGAAAGAACAUUUGGAACAAAUGACGAUGGACAUGAAAAAACAGUUGCUAGAGGUGGAUAAUGACAAGGAAAUGAUAGAAAACUCAAUGGGUGAACUGAGAGUGAAAGAGGCAGAAAUGGUGAGAGAAAAGGAGAACAUGGAAAAGAAGAUGGCUAGACUCAAAGAGGAAGAGGAUAGAAUGCGGGAAGAAAUAGGAAGGAAGAUGGACAACUUAAAGCAGGACAGUUAUGAAAUCAAAAGACUUAGAGAUGAAAUUGACAGUGAAAAGGACCAAGUGAAUGCAAAAUUGCUUGAGUUGGAAAAAAUGCGUGAAGAACUAGAUAGAGAGAAGAAGGAAGUGAAAGACAGGAAGGAUGAAACACUGAAAGAAAAAGAUCAGUUGGAAGAGAGGCGAGGUAAGAUAAGUAAGGAGAAAGAGGAAUUGGAUAUCAGUCUUGAACUGAUGAAAACACAAAGGGAAGACUUGACGAGCUUGAAGGCUGAAGCAGAAGCACAGACCGAACCUAUGGAAAAUGACUGGAAGGAACAGCUCACGAAGGAAAGACAACAACUUGAAGAUGUAAAGGAGGAGAUACAGAAGGAAAAAGAAGCCUUUGAGAGAGAAAAGAGAUUGACUAUGAAAGAGAGAGAUGAGUUUGAUCUGAUGAAGUCUGAAACCCAGGGACAAUUGGAGGAAAUGGAACAAAACAAACAAGACAUUCGUGUGGAGAAGGAAAAGCUGGAACAGAUCAAAGCUGAGUUAGAAAGACGGUCUGAAGACAUAAAUCAGGUCAUGGAUGAGACAAGACGGGAGAGGGGGAAGGUUGAAGAACUGGCUAUCCAAACUCAAAAACAAAGGGAAGAAAUGGUGGGUUUCAUGGAAAAGAACAAACAAAAGCAGAACGAACUGGAACUCAUGAAUGACAAGAUUGAAAGAGAGAAACAAGACAUCGAAGAAAGUCGGGAUGUGCUAACAAAGGAGAGAGAGGAGCUGGAACAAAUGAGGAAUGAGACACAGCAACAGAGAGAGGAGACAGAAUCUCACAUGGAAGACCAAAGGAAAGAGAAAGAACAUUUGGAACAAAUGAUGAUGGACAUGAAAAAACAGUUGCUAGAGGUGGAUAAUGACAAGGAAAUGAUAGAAAGCUCAAUGGGUGAACUGAGAGUGAAAGAGGCAGAAAUGGUGAGAGAAAAGGAGAACAUGGAAAAGAAGAUGGCUAGACUCAAAGAGGAAGAGGAUAGAAUGCGGGAAGAAAUAGGAAGGAAGAUGGACAACUUAAAGCAGGACAGUUAUGAAAUCAAAAGACUUAGAGAUGAAAUUGACAGUGAAAAGGACCAAGUGAAUGCAAAAUUGCUUGAGUUGGAAAAAAUGCGUGAAGAACUAGAUAGAGAGAAGAAGGAAGUGAAAGACAAGAAGGAUGAAACACUGAAAGAAAAAGAUCAGUUGGAAGAGAGGCGAGGUAAGAUAAGUAAGGAGAAAGAGGAAUUGGAUAUCAGUCUUGAACUGAUGAAAAGACAAAGGGAAGACUUGACGAGCUUGAAGGCUGAAGCAGAAGCACAGACCGAGCCUAUGGAAAAUGACUGGAAGGAACAGCUCACGAAGGAAAGACAACAACUUGAAGAUGUAAAGGAGGAGAUACAGAAGGAAAAAGAAGCCUUUGAGAGAGAAAAGAGAUUGACUAUGAAAGAGAGAGAUGAGUUUGAUCUGAUGAAGUCUGAAACCCAGGGACAAUUGGAGGAAAUGGAACAAAACAAACAAGACAUUCAUGUGGAGAAGGAAAAGCUGGAACAGAUCAAAGCUGAGUUAGAAAGACGGUCUGAAGACAUAAAUCAGGUCAUGGAUGAGACAAGACGGGAGAGGGGGAAGGUGGAAGAACUGGCUAUCCAAACUCAAAAACAAAGGGAAGAAAUGGUGGGUUUCAUGGAAAAGAACAAACAAAAGCAGAACGAACUGGAACUCAUGAAUGACAAGAUUGAAAGAGAGAAACAAGACAUCGAAGAAAGUCGGGAUGUGCUAACAAAGGAGAGAGAGGAGCUGGAACAAAUGAGGAAUGAGACACAGCAACAGAGAGAGGAGACAGAAUCUCACAUGGAAGACCAAAGGAAAGAGAAAGAACAUUUGGAACAAAUGACGAUGGACAUGAAAAAACAGUUGCUAGAGGUGGAUAAUGACAAGGAAAUGAUAGAAAACUCAAUGGGUGAACUGAGAGUGAAAGAGGCAGAAAUGGUGAGAGAAAAGGAGAACAUGGAAAAGAAGAUGGCUAGACUCAAAGAGGAAGAGGAUAGAAUGCGGGAAGAAAUAGGAAGGAAGAUGGACAACUUAAAGCAGGACAGUUAUGAAAUCAAAAGACUUAGAGAUGAAAUUGACAGUGAAAAGAACCAAGUGAAUGCAAAAUUGCUUGAGUUGGAAAAAAUGCGUGAAGAACUAGAUAGAGAGAAGAAGGAAGUGAAAGACAGGAAGGAUGAAACACUGAAAGAAAAAGAUCAGUUGGAAGAGAGGCGAGGUAAGAUAAGUAAGGAGAAAGAGGAAUUGGAUAUCAGUCUUGAACUGAUGAAAAGACAAAGGGAAGACUUGACGAGCUUGAAGGCUGAAGCAGAAGCACAGACCGAGCCUAUGGAAAAUGACUGGAAGGAACAGCUCACGAAGGAAAGACAACAACUUGAAGAUGUAAAGGAGGAGAUACAGAAGGAAAAAGAAGCCUUUGAGAGAGAAAAGACAUUGACUAUGAAAGAGAGAGAUGAGUUUGAUCUGAUGAAGUCUGAAACCCAGGGACAAUUGGAGGAAAUGGAACAAAACAAACAAGACAUUCGUGUGGAGAAGGAAAAGCUGAAACAGAUCAAAGCUGAGUUAGAAAGACGGUCUGAAGACAUAAAUCAGGUCAUGGAUGAGACAAGACGGGAGAGGGGGAAGGUUGAAGAACUGGCUAUCCAAACUCAAAAACAAAGGGAAGAAAUGGUGGGUUUCAUGGAAAAGAACAAACAAAAGCAGAACGAACUGGAACUCAUGAAUGACAAGAUUGAAAGAGAGAAACAAGACAUCGAAGAAAGUCGGGAUGUGCUAACAAAGGAGAGAGAGGAGCUGGAACAAAUGAGGAAUGAGACACAGCAACAGAGAGAGGAGACAGAAUCUCACAUGGAAGACCAAAGGAAAGAGAAAGAACAUUUGGAACAAAUGACGAUGGACAUGAAAAAACAGUUGCUAGAGGUGGAUAAUGACAAGGAAAUGAUAGAAAACUCAAUGGGUGAACUGAGAGUGAAAGAGGCAGAAAUGGUGAGAGAAAAGGAGAACAUGGAAAAGAAGAUGGCUAGACUCAAAGAGGAAGAGGAUAGAAUGCGGGAAGAAAUAGGAAGGAAGAUGGACAACUUAAAGCAGGACAGUUAUGAAAUCAAAAGACUUAGAGAUGAAAUUGACAGUGAAAAGAACCAAGUGAAUGCAAAAUUGCUUGAGUUGGAAAAAAUGCGUGAAGAACUAGAUAGAGAGAAGAAGGAAGUGAAAGACAGGAAGGAUGAAACACUGAAAGAAAAAGAUCAGUUGGAAGAGAGGCGAGGUAAGAUAAGUAAGGAGAAAGAGGAAUUGGAUAUCAGUCUUGAACUGAUGAAAAGACAAAGGGAAGACUUGACGAGCUUGAAGGCUGAAGCAGAAGCACAGACCGAGCCUAUGGAAAAUGACUGGAAGGAACAGCUCACGAAGGAAAGACAACAACUUGAAGAUGUAAAGGAGGAGAUACAGAAGGAAAAAGAAGCCUUUGAGAGAAAAAAGGAAUUGACUAUGAAAGAGAGAGAUGAGUUUGACCUGAUGAAGUCUGAAACCCAGGGACAAUUGGAGGAAAUGGAACAAAACAAACAAGACAUUCGUGUGGAAACGGAAAAGCUGGAACAGAUCAAAGCUGAGUUAGAAAGACGGUCUGAAGACAUAAAUCAGGUCAUGGAUGAGACAAGACGGGAGAGGGGGAAGGUGGAAGAACUGGCUAUCCAAACUCAAAAACAAAGGGAAGAAAUGGUGGGUUUCAUGGAAAAGAACAAACAAAAGCAGAACGAACUGGAACUCAUGAAUGACAAGAUUGAAAGAGAGAAACAAGACAUCGAAGAAAGUCGGGAUGUGCUAACAAAGAAGAGAGAGGAGCUGGAACAAAUGAGGAAUGAGACACAGCAACAGAGAGAGGAGACAGAAUCUCACAUGGAAGACCAAAGGAAAGAGAAAGAACAUUUGGAACAAAUGACGAUGGACAUGAAAAAACAGUUGCUAGAGGUGGAUAAUGACAAGGAAAUGAUAGAAAACUCAAUGGGUGAACUGAGAGUGAAAGAGGCAGAAAUGGUGAGAGAAAAGGAGAACAUGGAAAAGAAGAUGGCUAGACUCAAAGAGGAAGAGGAUAGAAUGCAGGAAGAAAUAGGAAGGAAGAUGGACAACUUAAAGCAGGACAGUUAUGAAAUCAAAAGACUUAGAGAUGAAAUUGACAGUGAAAAGAACCAAGUGAAUGCAAAAUUGCUUGAGUUGGAAAAAAUGCGUGAAGAACUAGAUAGAGAGAAGAAGGAAGUGAAAGACAGGAAGGAUGAAACACUGAAAGAAAAAGAUCAGUUGGAAGAGAGGCGAGGUAAGAUAAGUAAGGAGAAAGAGGAAUUGGAUAUCAGUCUUGAACUGAUGAAAAGACAAAGGGAAGACUUGACGAGCUUGAAGGCUGAAGCAGAAGCACAGACCGAGCCUAUGGAAAAUGACUGGAAGGAACAGCUCACGAAGGAAAGACAACAACUUGAAGAUGUAAAGGAGGAGAUACAGAAGGAAAAAGAAGCCUUUGAGAGAGAAAAGAGAUUGACUAUGAAAGAGAGAGAUGAGUUUGAUCUGAUGAAGUCUGAAACCCAGGGACUAAUGGAGGAAAUGGAACAAAUCCAGAAAGAAAGGAAGGAAAUGAAAAGUGUUUUUGAGGAUACCAAGAGAACAAAAGCUAAUCAGGAAGUGAUGAAAACUGAGAUUAUGACAAAGAAACGAGAAACAGAAAAUAUCAUGGAAAUUAUUUUAAAAGAGAAAGACAACAUGGAGAAAAUGAAGAUUGAAAUGGAAAGAGAGAGGGAAGAAAUUGAUAUCACCAAGGGCAAGAUCUUGACGGAGAUGGAUGAGCUGGAACAGAGAAAAGCUGAGAUCGAGAAUGGAAAAUAUGAAGCAGAAAUGUUGAUGGCUGAACUGAAAGACGAAGAGCAAAAUAUGAAGGAAGAAAUAUGCAAGAUGAAAGACAGUCUAGAGCAGAUCAAAGCUGAAAUACAACUACAGAGAGAAGACAUUGAAAGCAAGAUGGAGGAGCUGAAUAUCCAAAAGGCCGAGAUGGAAAACGGUAUGACAGAUAUCGACAGACAAAAAGAGGACAUGCAAUACCAACGACAGCAAAUUGAACAAGACAAACAAAAGAUGAUAAAGGAAAAGGGUGAUCUGGAAAGGAUUAAGAUGGAGAUAGAAACACGAUCAGAAAAUCUAGAAAAACUUUUUGAGAAAACAAAGCGGGAGAAAGAGGAUGCUGAGACAAUGACUAUUCAAGUCCAGAAGGAAAGGAAGGAAAUUGAAAGUGUUGUCGAAGAGAACAACAAACGGACAGAGAAACUGGAAUUCAUGAAAACUGAGGUGGAUAAAGAGAAACUAGAAACAGAGAACAUCAAGGACAUGGUAACAAAGGAGAAGAUGGAACUGGAACAGAUCAAGAUGGAGUUAGAGACACGGUCUGAACAUCUAGACAACAUAAUGGACGAGACAAAGAGGGAGAAAGAGAUUGUUGACGACAUGACUGUCCAAAUCCAGAAAGAAAAAGAGGACAUUGAAAACUUGAUAGUCAACAACAACAGACAGAGAGAGGAACUGGUAUUGAUGAAAGCUGAACUAGAGAAAGAGAAAUCAGAGACUGAAAAUGUCAAGGAUGUCCUAUCAAAGCAAAAGAAUGAUCUUAAACAAAUGAAGAUUGAGAUGGAGAGAGAGAGAGAGGAAAUGGAUAACACCAAGGACAAUAUUGCAGUUGAUAUGAAUGAGCUGGAGAAGAGAAAAGCUGAGAUAGAGAAUAGAAAAUAUGAAGCAGAAUAUUGGAUGGCUGAACUGAAAGAGGAAGAGCAAAGAGUGAAGGAGGAAGUCUGCAAGAUGAAGGAGAACCUGGAACAGAUCCACACAGGAAUACAACCCCAGAGAGAAGGCAUUGAAAGCAAGAUGGAGGAGCUGAAUGUAAAACAGGCCGAGAUGAAUAAGGCUAUGACAGAUAUCAACAGAAAUAAAGAGGAAAUGCAAAAUCAACGGGAAGAAAUACAACAAGACAAACAAAAGAUGCAAGAUGAAAAGGAUGAACUGGAACAGAUCAAGAUGGAGUUACAAACACGAUCAGACAAUCUGGAAAACCUCAUUGAGGAGACAAUGAGGAAGAAGGAGAACAUUGAACGUGCGGCUUUCCAGAUUCAGGAGGAACGGGAGGAAGUCGAAAGUAUUGUUGAGGAUAUCAAGACAAGGAAAGCUGAUCUGGAAUUGAUGAAAGCAACGGCUGACGGAGAGAAGGAAGAAACAGAAAACGUCAAGGAAAUGAUCUCCAAGGAAAAAGACAAACUAGAACAAAUGGCGAUUGAGAUUGAAAGAGAGAAGGAAGAAAUUGAUAUCGCCAAGGGCAAGAUUGAAAUGGAUAUGGAUGAGCUGGAAAAUAGAAAGGCUGAGGUAGAGAAUGGAAAAUAUCAAUCUGAAAAACUGAUUGCUGAAUUGAAGGAGGAAGACCAAAGAAUGAGGGAGGAUAUCAGGAAGAUGAAAGAAAACCUAGAUACUGAAAUACAGCUGAAGAGAGAUGAUAUUGAAAGUAAAAUGGAAGAGUUGGAUGUCAAAAAGAGAGAGCUGGAAAACAUGUUGACUGAUAUUUACAGAGAAAAGGAGGAAAUACAAAACCAGAGAAGGGAAAUAGAAGAAGACAAACAAAAUAUACAAGAUGAAAAGGAUGGGCUGGAACAGACCAAGGCUGAUUUACAGAUGAAGAGCAAAAAGGAGAAUGUUGAGGGCAUGCCUGUCCAAUUCCAGAAGGAAAAGGAGGAAAUUCAAAGCGUCAUGGUAGAACCCGAGAUAAGAAGACACGCACUGGAAUUUACAAAAGUGGAGGUAGAGAAGGAAGAAACAGAGAAUAUCAAGGACAUUGUAUUAAAGGAUCAAAAAUAUCUGGAACAAAUGAAGAUGGAGAUGGCAAGAGAAAGAGAAGAAAUUGAUAAUACCAAGAUCAAGAUAGCAAUCGAUAUGGAAAGGCUGGAAGCGACAAAGGUCGAAAUAGAGAGAAAACUGACAGAAGACCAACAACAAAUGAGGGAGGAUAUCAAGAAGACGAAGAGCAAUCUGGAGCAGAUUGAUGCUGAAAUGCAGCUGAAGAGAGAGGACAUUGAAAGUAAAACGAAAGAGCUGAAUGUCAAAAAGAAAGAGUUGGAGGACACCAUGACAAGUAUCAACAGACAGAAAGAGUACAUGCAAAACAAGAGGGAGGAAAUAGAACAAGAGCAACAAAAGAUGCAGGAUGAAAAGUAUGAGCUGAAACAGAUUAAGAUGGAGUUACAGAAACGAUCAAAAACUCUAGACAAUCUCAUUGAGGAGACACAGAUGGAGAAGGAGACUAUUGAGGACAUGACUGUCCAAACCCAGAAGAAAAGGGAGGAAAUUAAAAGUGUCAUUGAGGAUAUCAAGACAAAGAAAGACGAAUUGAAAUUAGUUAAAGCUGAGAUAGAGAAAGGAAAAGAAGAGACACAAAACAUCAAGGACAUGGUAUCAAGCGAGAAAAACAAUCUGAAACAAAUUCGGCUUGAAUUAGAAAGAGAGAGAGAGAAAAUGGAUCAACGCAAGGGAACAUUAGAAACAGAGGUUGGUCAGCUAGAACGAAGAAAGUUUGAGGAUGAACAGUUGAUUCAUGAAUUGAAAGAAGAAGAGCAAAGAAUGAGGGAGGAUAUCGAGAAGAUGAAAGACAACCAAGAGCAGAUCAAUGCUGAAAUGCAAUUACAGCGAGAGGACAUUGCAGCCCAAAUGGAGGAGUUAAAUGUCAAAAAAGCAGACGUGGAAAACAUCCAAGCUGAUCUCGACAGACAGAAAGUAGAACAUGAUGAGAUGAGAAAAUAUAUAUUUGUGGAAAAGAAUCAACUGGACGAGAGGAAUGCUGCCUUGCAAAAACAAAGGGAGGAGAUGGAUAAAAUCACGGAACCAACAGCUGUGAUAAAGGCUGAAGUACAAACACAGACAGAGCCCAUGGAAGACAGCUUGGAGGAACAGCUCAAAAGAGACAUGGAAGAAGUUGAAGGUCAUGACAUAGAUCAAGAGGACCUGGAACAAACCAACAGGUUGACAAUGACAGAGAGUGAUGAGUUGGAAUCCAUGAAGUCUGAAAUAGGAAAACAAAGACAGGAAAUAGAGGAGAACAAACAAAAGAUACAGGAUGAGAUGGAUGAGAUUGAGAAGAUCAAAAAUGAUUUACAGAAACGGUCAGAGAAUCUAGACAACCUCGUGGAAGAGACAAAGAGGGAAAAGGAGAAUGUUAAGGACAGGGCUGUUCAAAUUCAGAAGGACCAGGAGGACAUUGAGCAUGUUAUUGAGGAUAGCAAGACAAAGAACGCUGAACUGGAAAUGUUGAAAGCUGAGAUAAAGACAGAGAAACAAGAAACAUUCAACAUGAAGGACAUGAUAUCAAAGGAGAAACGUGACUUGGAACAGAUUAAGAUGAAGAUGGAAAAAGAAAUACAAGAACUGGAUAACACCAAGGACAUGAUAGAAAUUGAUAUUAGUCAGCUGGAACAAAGAAGGGUUGAGUUAGAAGGAGAAGAAGAUGGAGCAAAAAAUCUGAUGGCUUCACUGAAAGAGGAAGAGCAGAGUAUGAAAGAGAGUAUUGGGAAGAUGAAAGAAAAUUUUGAGCAGAUUAAUGCUGAAAUACAACUACAGAGAGAUGACAUUGCAACACAAAUGGAAGAGUUAAAUGUCAAAAAAGAAGAGUUGGAAAACAUUCAAAUGGACAUCGACAGACAAAAAGAACAGAUGGACAAAACACAAAAUGCUAUAAUCAUGGAAAAGAAUGAACUGGAAGAGAAGCUUGCUGACAUGCAAAAACAAACAGAGGAGGUGGAAGCCAUCAUUGAAAUGACAAAGAGGGAGAAGGAGGAUGUGAUGAGGAUAAAGGCUGAAAUAGACGAACAGAAAGAUCAAAUGGAAGACACCCUGAUGGAAACUCUGAAACACGACAGAGAAGAACUUGAACGCCUGAAAGAAACAGAAAGAAAGGAGGAAACUAAGGGCAUAAAAGAGAAGACAGAGAGGGAGAAGGAUGGGUUAGAACCGGUUAACACAGAGUCCCAGAGAGUGUUGGAAGAUCUGGAGAACGUUGUGGAGGAAACCAUGGAGAAAGAGGGUACAGAGGAAAUGGCUAUCCAAAUACAAAAGCUAAUGGAGGACAAUGUGAGAAUCAUUGAGGAGAUGGAGCAAAAGAAGGCAUAUUUAGAGCUGAUGAAUGUUAAGAUGCAAAGUGAGAGAGAAGAAAUAGACUCUAACAAGGCCAUGAUUGAAAGGGAGAAGGAUGACCUGCAACAAAUGAAGUCUAAGAUUACACAGCAAAGAUGCGAAAUUGAACAAAUUACAACCGUCUUAAAGGAUGAGAAGGACACUCUUGAGCAAUUUAAGACUGAUAUGGAAAGACAGAGACAAGAGACGAUGAACAAUAUGGACUUGGUGGAAAGAGAGAGAGAUGAACUGGAAAAGACAAGGUCUGAGAUGGAUGAGUUGGAACACAUGACAGCUGAAAUAGAAAGACCGAAGGAGGAAAUUGACAAAAGAAAGGGUGCAGCAAUGAUGGAGGUGCCUCCGCCGGAGGAAAGAGAGGACAGCGUUCAGAAACAGAGGGAUGACGUUGUCUUCAUCUCACAUACAACACAGACAGAAAAAGUAAAGGAGGAACGCGAACAAAGCAAGGUUGAGACACUUCAGACCGAGGAAGAAACGAUGGACUCAGUCAAGAAGGACAGAGAUGAUCUAGAACAAAUGAGAGCUGACAUACAAAAACACAUGGAAGACAGAAAUAAAAACAAGAACGUGACAGAUUGGGGGAAGUACGAGUUGGAGCAAAGACUGUUACUACUAAACCAGCAUGAGGCGGAAAUUGAAGGCUUGAGGCAAAAGUUACAGAAGGAGAGAGAAGAGCUGGACGAGAUUAUGAACGACAUACAAAACAAGCAUGACAUGUUAAAGAGUGAGAGGGAUCAAUUGGAAAAGAUAAGGGUUGAGAUCCAGAGAGAAAAGGAUACAGAAGGUUACUGGAUUACUCAACAUAAAGAAGAGGGGGGGAGGAAAAUGGAACACCUGGAGCGGCCUUCGGCAGAGACAGACACUCUUAGCUCAGGAGCAGACAAUAUAAUGGCAGUAGGCAGUAGAGAGAUGGACAAGAAGAAAGAAAUAACACAUACAGCAGAGACAAAACAAGAACGUGGAGACAUGGAGGAAGUCAAACUGGUAAAGCAGGAAACAGAAAAAGAUGUGAGCAAAACUGAGCAUAAAGACAAAAGGAGCUAUAUGAAUGCUGUGACACAAACGCAAGACAUUGAGGAAGUAGGACAGCUGAAGAAUGAGGAUGAGGAGCGUGAGCUUGCACUGCUGAUGGUUGAAAUAGACAAACAGAGAAAAGAGAUUGAAAACAACAUGGUGGAAAUAGAGAGACAGAAGAAGGAGCUGCAACAGAUCAGAGCUGAGAUACAGACAGCCAAAAAAGAACUGGUGGAGACUGAGAUGCGCGGACAGAUCAAAGAUUCCACUGAGAUCCAGAGACAGGUCGAAGAUUCCACUGAGAUCCAGAGACAGGUCGAAGAUUCCACUGAGAUCCAGAGACAGGUUGAAGAUUCCCCUGAGAUCCAGAGACAGGUCGAAGAUUCCACUGAGAUCCAGAGACAGGUCGAAGAUUCCACUGAGAUCCAGAGACAGGUCGAAGAUUCCACUGACAUCCAGAGACAGGUCGAAGAUUCCACUGACAUCCAGAGACAGGUCGAAGAUUCCACUGAGAUCCAGAGACAGGUCGAAGAUUCCACUCAACUCAGAGAAGAAACUGAGAACAACCUCGGACAGAAGACAACUACAACGCGAGUGGAGUUGGAUCUGACAACAGAUGAAAGGCUCCCAAUGAGAGAUCAUUUGGAGAAAAUCCGUCAAGAGGCUCAUGCAGAAAAGGAGGAGAUUGAGAAGAUUAAGCACAGAGUUCAUGAGAUGAAAGAUCAUCUAGAGGAAAGACUAGCAGUGAUUCAGAGACAUGAGUUGGUACAGAGAACAAGGAUACAAAGAGAGAAGGAAGAGCUAAAGAAGAUGAAGGACGAGUUGGAGAGAGACAGCCAAGUUCGGCAAAGAGAGUGGGACAGAGGCAGGAGGAAACUUCAGGAGAAGGACCAGGAGCUUGAGAUGCUAAAAGUGGAGAUGUUCCGAGAGAUCGAGAGACUGCAGGUUAAUAUGGAAAAAGAGAUGGAAACACUCAAGACAAGUGACAAAGGUAUCCAAACCUCAGACGUGGUAUUAACCACAGAAGAAGAGAGAAUGUGGUUGAUGGAGGAAUCAACAACGGAGGAGUACAGUAUGCUGGCAGAAAUAAGUCAACAAACAGAGCAAACCACAGUGGAUAUGACAUUCGCCAGUUCCUCACUGGAGCUCCAGGGUCAAUCAGAGGAGCCCACGGUGAUAGAGGAUGCUCAGAUGAGCGUAGUAGGAGCAGAAGCUUCUCCAUUCAGCAGGUUGCUACGGUGGCUUUGGCGCUACUGCUGUGGCUGCUGCCGCUGUUGUGACUGCUGCGGAAGGUGUGAAGAAGAGUGUGAAGAAGAGGAGGAGAACAUAGUCUAGUCCCAACUCUUAAGUCAGCAAAAUUGUGCUUCAAUAGAAGCUUAGAGAGAGUACAUGAAGUUGAACAACUUUAAUUCAAUGUGUAUUUCUUUUUUCAUAGCUUUUCCAAAGAAUUGCAUUUAGUGUGCGAUGGUAUCGCCAGCCUUCACAACAAUAUCAGCGGGGCUCAAAAUAAACGAAUUGCUAUGUAAAGACUGUGUGAAAAAAAUCGAGUUCAGUAAUAUGAAUUGUGAAACAACAGCAUCAGUCAUUAUUCAUUCAGUUACAUCAAGUAUGAUAUGUAUUCUACUAUGCCCAAGUGAUAAGAAGUCAUGUUGAGAUGAUGAUAUGCAACAACCUGAUUCAUAUGGCUAAAUUGCGGCGUUGUAAGUGUCGUGCAGUAUUGCAGUGCUACGCAUUUACAAUUAUGAUGAACUAAGUUUGCACUGAACAUUAGAUCUAGAGAGAGCAAAAUGUACCUUUUAUGUAUUUAUUAUAUUUUAUAACGAAUUAUGUAUUUAUUAUAUCUUUUUACAGCUUUUGUUGAAGGUGCACUGGAUACUGAAUGGACUCUUAUCAAGAUUUGUCGUCAUAAUUUGUCAAAACAAGUUAUAUCUAUUACUUUUAGUUUUCUUAUUUUUAUACACACAGAAUUUGCAAUAAACAAAGUGCUAUUCUA